AUGUCCGGUCGUGGUAAAGGCGGUAAAGGUUUAGGCAAAGGUGGUGCUAAGCGUCAUCGUAAGGUACUUCGUGAUAACAUCCAAGGUAUAACCAAACCAGCUAUUCGUCGUUUAGCUCGACGUGGUGGUGUUAAACGUAUCAGCGGUCUUAUCUAUGAAGAAGUACGUGGUGUAUUGAAAAUUUUCUUAGAAAAUGUUAUUCGUGAUGCCGUCACGUAUACUGAACAUGCUAAACGAAAAACUGUUACAGCCAUGGAUGUUGUGUAUGCGCUCAAACGACAAGGACGUACUUUAUAUGGUUUUGGAUCAUAA